AUGAAGAUCCAUCAAGGGAAGAGCAGUUGUCGGUUGGAGGGAAAGCCCAAGCAUCGUGCAGGUGUUCCUGGUGAAACGAGGGAGAUAGCCAGUCUGGUUGCCAACCACAGUACUGGUGGUCUCUCAGCUCCGGUUUUUGCUGUAACUGGUGACAAUUCUGAAGCUGAGGUGACUCAAUCACUUGAUGAGCUUUUUGGAGAGCAGGGGACCAUACCAAGUAUGACCCCUACAGAGCAGGGAGAUGGAAGUGCAGAAGAAUCACCAUUGCAUCCAAGCCAAGAAGAACUUGCCUUCCCAGAUUCUUGGUGCACACCACCCGCUGCAGGAAGGAAUAAGGACAAGACCGUCCCUACCAAGGAGAGAACGCAACCGACUUCUGAAGAAAGAAGAUCCAAGAUCGCCUGGCCAGCUAUGAACAACAGGAAGGAGAGAUUUGGACUGGAGCAGAAAGCAAACCCCUCGAGACCGCCGCAGGUUCCAAACAGAAGACUCUGUGAAAUAAAAAAGCUCCGAGCAGAACUGCGAUCCCUAAGGAAACGCUACAAACAGUCAAGCAAGGUUGAGAAGAAGGGAAUAGUUAAACUAAGAGAAGAGGUUAGAUCAAGGCUGAGGACACUAACAAACGCAGAGAGGCUCAGGCGGAAAAGGAGGGAUAGAGCAAAGAAGAGAAAAGCCUUCGUUAGUGACCCCUACAGGUUCACAAAGAACUUGCUAAGUGGAGAGAAGUCUGUGAAACUUGAAAGCAGUCAAGAGGAUGUAGAAACCUUUUUGAGGGAGGUCCACUCCGACCCACUAAGAGAGGAACCCCUUGGAGAGUUCAGUAGAAUCCUACCGGUCAAUGACCCAGACUGUCCAUUGAACAUGAAAGAACCCACUUGGAAGGAGAUCAACAAAGUGGUCAAGAAAGCUCGCUCUUGCUCUGCACCAGGCCCAAGUGGCAUACCAUACAAGGUUUACAAGAAAUGUCCUAAACUUCUCCGAAGACUGUGGUCACUCCUGCGAACUGUUUGGCGAAAAGCUACUGUUCCGUCAUGUUGGCAAAGUGCAGAAGAAUGUCUGGCACUGAAGGAGAAGAACUCCAAGACCAUCAACCAGUUUCGCACCAUCUCGUUGUUGAGUGUGGAAGGGAAGAUUUUCUUUUCAAUCCUAGCUAAGCGAUUGACGACAUACAUGUUGGAGAAUGAGUAUGUGGAUAUCUCUGUGCAGAAAGGUGGGAUCCCAGGAUUCUCAGGGUGUGUUGAGCACACCAGCGCACUCACUCAGCUACUUCAUGAAGCUAGAAUCGACCACAAAAACCUCACAGUGGUAUGGCUAGACCUUGCCAACGCAUACGGCUCAAUUCCACACAAGCUUAUUGAGACAGCUCUUCGACACUACCACAUUCCAGACAGUGCAAGAAAUCUCAUUAUGAACUACUUCAACGGUAUCAACUUGAGAUUCUCUAGCAACACGUUCACUACAAAUUGGUUACAACUGGAGAAGGGGAUUGUUACGGGAUGUACUAUCUCGGUGAUACUGUUCGUGAUGGGCAUGAAUAUGAUCAUCAAGGCAGCGGAGAGAGAGUCAAGAGGGCCCAAAACAAACACAGGAAUUCGUCUACCAUCCAACAGGGGAUUUAUGGAUGACAUGACUGUCACCACUGAAACCCACAUACAGGCUAGAUGGAUUCUGGCGGCCCUUGAUAAAACAGCAACGUGGGCAAGAAUGAGGUUCAAGCCGGGGAAGUCGAGAAGCUUAGUGGUUAGGAAGGGAAAGGUGACAAGCCAGUUCAAACUGUGUAUCCAGGGAGAAGAGAUUCCCUCCCUAGAGGACAAACCGAUUAAAUGCCUAGGGGAAUGGUUUGAUUCCUCACUGAGAGACACGCAUUGCCAGGACAUUCUCAAACAGCAGGUAGCUGAGGGUUUGCAGAGAAAAGACAAGUCGGAACUCCCAGGGAAGUUCAAAGCAUGGGUCUUUCAACACGGUCUCCUGCUAAGAGUGAUGUGGCCACUCAUGGUCAAUGAUGUCCCUAUCUGCACCGUCGAGAAGCUAGAGCAGAAGAUCAGCAAGCACCUGAGAAAGUGGUUAGGCCUACCGCCAUCCUUCACCAACAUUGGACUGUAUGACCGAUCAACAAAGCUCCAGAUGCCAAUCAGCUCUCUAGUAGAGUAG